AUGCCAGGUGCAAGUGGGGGCUGCGUGGCUGGGGACCCUCAGCCCAGGACUGGCAAAUGGACAGGGUGCCCAGGGUUUGGUGGCCCAUGGCCAGGCUCCAGAGGCGGGCAUCAAAGCAAACGAAGGUGGAGGGGAGGAGGGUGUUGGUUAAGAAAAUGUUGUGCUGCAGUGGCCAGUGGCACUGGGUCCGUGCUGGGCUCCGCACACUCCACACCACCAACCUUGACAUUUUUGUCAUUUUUGCAGAGUGACCCUCUGGAUUUGUUUUCUCAUGAUGAGAUUCAGGUUGAUCAUUUUUGGCAGGAAUCAGCUGCCAUAACCAUCUUGCCCAAGAGCAAGGCUGAAGUGGUUGCUAAAGAAGAUAAAGCCAAGGUGGAGGACAAACCACAGAGAAAAUUUGCCAGGUUGUCUGCUAAAUCUUCUCCAAAGCCAGAGCACAAGCCAAAAACCCCUGCAAAGAAGAGAAGGAAGGUACCCAAAAGAUAAAAGGGGAAAGUGGACAUCAACAAGGAUGGGUACAGUGCUGCAGAAAAUGGAGAUAACAAAACAGACCAGGCACAGAAACUUGAAGGUGCUGAACAUGCCAAGAGAAUGCUAUGGAGAAUGAGAACUAUGGAGAAACAUAGAGCCAUGGAGUCUUCUGACAAAAUCAUGGGUGGUGUCAGAGCUACUGAUAAAGCCUACGCUUGCACAGCCCUGGCCCCGAGCAUCAGAGAAUCCAGAAACUAUAUAAAAGUCAGAUAUGCCGUAACUCCACAGUCAGAGAUACAGCAGGCAAGGUCAGUGAUAGCAAGCCUUCUAGAGCUUUCCAUGGUAGCAAACAACUGGCUGAGGCACACACGCCGUACGUUUGCCACCACUGUCAAGCCAUCACGCAGUGUGAUAAUAGAUUCCCUCAGUUCUGGCCCCCUAACUGGUCUCUCUGACCCCUUCUGUCUCUCUGACCCCUUCUCCCUGCUACAGGCUGUUCUAAACUAUCAGGCAAAACAUUACAUCAUCCCUCCCCGGAAUCCUUCAAUGCUGAUUCAUUGUACAGAGAAUGAAACCCAGAGUCCUGCCUGUGGCCUCCCGAUGCCCUCACAGGCAGCCCUUGCUUACUUCUCAGCCCUGUUCUGCCGCUCUCCCAUGGAGCCCACCACUGUGUGUUGGUUGGCUUCCUUGCUGCUCCUUUAA